AUUGUUAAAGUUAUUGGAUGUGCCGAAAUACCUACCCUGUUACGCGCGAUUUCAGGUGAAGAACCUCCUGAGUCAUUGUUUACGAAAGAACUAAAGAGACGAGGUAUGACACCUACUUCAUUGCUUGAGGAAAGGAACAGAAGCACUGACGGUGAUGAUCAAAUGAAAUUCAAAGAAGAAGAUGGGAAUUUCUCAAGUAGAAAUGCAGCGAGAACAUAUUCUGAGCAAAACCUAUUUAAUCAAAGGGAGCAGUCUAUGGCACUGAACAGUGAAGGCCUUGAGGGUUUGAUUCCACGGGCUAAACUUUUGCUUACCCUCGGCGGAACUUUCUUUUUGGCUUUUUGGCCGUUGAUUCUCAUAACCGUUGCAUCAUUUGCUGCUCUGUAUCUGGUAUGUUCCAUACUUGGUUCAAAUACCUUUGAUCCACAUUUGCCAUUUAACACAGGUUUUAUUCAUUCCCGGAAACUACAUACAUUAUGGUAAAGACAGGUUAUGAGAUUAUAUAUAAUCAG